AUGGUUUUGUGCAUUGUCUAUGCUUCAAUCGAAAAGGAUAUUUGCAUGAGGGAAUAUCUUAGAGAUAUAAAAGUUGAUAAUGUUUUCUGUUCAGGUUCCUUGCGAAGAUUUUUGGAAUCUGUGAAGAGACUUUUUUUUCUUGCUCUACAUGUUGGACUUGAAAAGACCUCUGCUGUGCUUGUGAUGCUUUCACUUCCACUGUACAGGAAACUUCUCCUUAUAACUAGUUUCAAAGAGUUACGAUUGAGUGAUUGUAAACUUAACAACAUCAGCCCAUCUCUUGAGUAUGUGAAUUUUACUUCACUUGUAACUCUUGAUCUUUCUGACAACAAUUUCAACUCUGAAUUACCAUACUGGUUGUUUAAUCUCAGUAGUGGCAUCUCUCAUCUUGAACUUCAGGACAGUAAUUUACAUGGUGAAAUACCUUCCAGCUCAUUAAGCCUAAGAAAUUUAAAAAACCUUGAUCUAUCUUUGAACGACCUCACAGGAUCAAUUCCAAAUUGGUUUGGCCAAUUAGAACAUCUGCAGCACCUUGAUCUAUCCAACAACUUGUUUUCUGGUUCCCUUCCCUCAACGCUUGGAAAUCUCUCAUCCUUAGUUUCCUUAAGAAUUGGCUCUAAUUCCUUCUCUGGUGCAAUAUCUGAAACAUCUUUUUCCAAACUCUCAAAUUUAGAAUAUCUGGACUCGAGCAAUUCCACGACUUCAUUCUGGAUGGAGAACCAGACAAGGAAUGAGAAGAACAAAAGAUUUCAUUCCUUCAGAUGGUAUUCUGUGCCUCUACAUCAUCGUGGAUAUGCUUUGGGAUUGACUUCAGCUGAUGGUUCAAGUGAUAUGGAUUGUGGUCUGGAGAUCAUUGAUGAUGUUGCCAGGUGUUUCAAUUGUGGUUCUUACAAUCAUUCUUUGAGAGUGUCCAAGGCCUCUUGA